AAAAAAAAAAAAAAAGAAAAGAAAAGAAAAUCACGGAAGUCAGGUUUUCUUAAUCACCAGGAAGCCAUAGAUCCAUGUGUGAGUUUUGAUUGACCUCAAUAAAUAGACUCUCAUCUGUAAGAGUUUACCUCUUACUGAAAUGCCACCACAAAAUGCAGACAGGCUAUCUGCUUAUUUCCUGUGCUUCUUGCUCCUGCUCCAAGCAUUGCAUGUCCUGCAGGCUGUGGUGAUUUCCAGCAGCUGUAAAGCUUGGCUUGCACUGCUGUGAUAUGGCAGCCAGCUCCUUAACCUGCUUUGCCAUAGCAGUAUCUAGACACCCGUGCUUGGUCUGUAUACCAGGUUAUAAGUGCUUUAGAAAUGGAAAUAUACUGGUCAAUGCAGUUUCAUUGGUUUACAUGGUGACUGGAAGACAGCCAUUAUUUCUAUAUGGGCUUGAUAUAAUUAGACAACCACCUAGAGCUAUUUUUUUGGCUGAUGUCUUUGUUUUCUUAAAAUGCAGAAUAAGGAAUGCAUUAAAAUGUACUGCUUUAUUACUGUAAGCUGUAUAUAUUUGUUUUUCCUUGUAAGAAGUGCCAAACCCAGCUGAAUAAAAAAAAAACCAAGGGGUUGUUGUAAAGGGCGGGCACUUGGUAGGGAAUGCACCCAGGUGUGAGUGAAGGCAGGAGCCACAAGUGCACUCCGGGUGAGGGCGUCUGCCAGUCUCAGGUGAGCAAAGGUUUCCCACUGCGAACUGAAACCAGCAGAAACCAGGAAACAAAAAGAAAUAUUCAGUUAAGCUGUCCACGUCAGAGACUACUGAGGAAACAGGCAGUUCAGCUUGGCUAAUGAUUACCAAGACAGACUUUGCCUACGUUAACUGCUGAUCAUAUGACCGGACCCCACCUGAGCUAAGAAAACACCCAUCCCAAGCAGUAGGAGUUGAGAAGCCUCCCUUGCUUAGAUGUUCUGACAUUACUGUUUUACUGUAGCAGAAGAGGCUCCACACUUUUCCAUUGUUCUCAGAGCUCAGCCCAGCACAGCCGUUGUGUUGCUUUCCUGUUCCAAAAAGGAAGUGAGAAAUUUCUUCCACGUGUGCGCUGGCACUUGAAUGCUCAGGUUUCACUCCCUAACUGGGAGCUGCCUGUAAUGAGCUCUCAGUGGGGUUUGGAGAGGAGCUUCCAGCUGUGCCAAGAGUUGUUUCAUUUUGUGCCAAAGGAGGAGGGGGAGAAGAAAUCUGCAAAAAGGUGAAAUGUUGAUGGUGGAAAAACUGGUCUAAGGGUCUUGCAGCUGGGAAAAGCAAAAGAAAAGCAGAAGCAGAGGAAGGAACAAGAAGCCAGGAUGGGAAACUUUUGCCAGAAGCACUGCCCCUGUUUGGAACCUUACAUCCCCUGCUUAUUCUUGGGGACAAAUGAUGAGCAGGAUGACAAAGUGGGCCAAGUCUUCGCCAACCUUGCUAUGGUAAGGCCUGACUUCCAAGCAGGACAGAAAGACCAAGAGCAUAAGAUAAAAGAGAAACCUUUACCUCCGCUGCCGGGCCAGCAUCUAGCGAACAUUUGCACCUUUGUGGCACUGUUUGACUACGACGCUCGCACUGAGGAGGACUUGAGCUUUCGAGCUGGGGAUAAGCUGGAAGUACUGAAUGCAUCCCAUGAGGGCUGGUGGUAUGCUAGGCUCCUCCUGUCAAUGGGGUCAGUCUGUCCUGGACGCAAGCUCGAGGGCUACAUCCCUGCUAACUACAUAGCUGCUGACCAGAGCAUUGAAGCUGAGCCAUGGUUCUUUGGCCCAAUCAAACGAGCAGAUGCUGAGAGACAACUGUCAUACCCUGGAAACCAGGCAGGAGCCUUCCUAAUCCGAGAAAGUGAAAGUCUAAAAGGGGAAUACUCACUCUCAGUUUUUGAUGGUGCAUCUGUGAAGCACUACAGGAUCAGAAAGCUGGAUGAAGGAGGCUUUUUUCUAAGCAGAAGGAAAACUUUCAAAACUCUGAAUGACUUGGUUGACUAUUAUAGCAAGAACAGUGAUGGCCUCUGCGUGUUGCUCGGAAAGCCAUGCCUAAAGGUUCAAAUUCCUGCUACUUUUGAUUUGUCAUAUAAAACUGUUGAUCAGUGGGAGAUAGACCGACAAUCUCUGAAGUUGGUGAAAAAAUUAGGGUCUGGUCAGUUUGGUGAGGUAUGGGAAGGACGGUGGAAUAAUACCACCCCCGUGGCAAUCAAAACAUUAAAACCAGGUUCAAUGGAUCCAAAAGACUUUCUGAGGGAAGCACAAAUAAUGAAGAACUUGAGACAUCCAAAGCUUAUACAGCUUUAUGCUGUCUGUACCUUGGAGGACCCAAUUUAUAUUAUUACUGAGCUGAUGAGAUUUGGAAGUCUUCUAGAAUACCUUCAAAAAGAUGGAGGCUCUCAAAUCUUCCUGACACAUCAAGUAGACAUGGCUACUCAGGUGGCUUCUGGGAUGGCAUACCUUGAAUCUCAGAACUAUAUCCAUCGGGAUCUGGCAGCCAGGAAUGUCCUUGUUGGUGAACACAAUGUUUACAAAGUGGCAGACUUUGGACUUGCAAGAGUUUUUAAGGUAGAAAAUGAAAAUGUAUAUGAAGCUAGGACUGAAACAAAACUACCAGUAAAAUGGACAGCCCCGGAGGCGAUUCGCUACAACAGAUUCAGUAUUAAAUCAGAUGUCUGGUCAUUUGGAAUACUUCUGUUUGAAAUAAUCACCUAUGGGAAGAUGCCUUAUGCUGGUAUGCCAGGACACCAGGUGAUCCAGCUGCUGGAUGAUGGGUACAGACUUCCUCAGCCAGAGACCUGCCCGGCACCGCUCUAUGAGAUGAUGUUGCAGUGCUGGAGCGCGGAGGUGGAUGGGCGGCCCACCUUCGAUGCCCUCAGCAAGCAGCUGGAGGGCUACUUUGACACUGAGUCCUAUUCCUAUGCCUAGGCACAGGCCAUGGUGAAAGGAACCCCUCAGUGGGCCCUGAAGGACAGGUGGUAGCCAAUAUAGAUGACAGAGGGCUGUUGAAUCAGCCUAACCUCAGGCUUCAAGGUUACUUGGGGGUACUGAGGAAUCCUGGUACAUUUUCAUGCCCACGCUGAUC